AUGAACUUCAAAGAUAUAGUACGUGGAUUCAGAGCUACAGGGUUGUAUCCUUAUAAUUCAGAUGCAACACCAGAUGAAGCAUAUGCACCAUCUGCAUUGACUGACAGACAUAUAGGAGUAGACAACGUAAUGACAGAAAACGAUCGAUCCUUGCAAAAAGCUGGUCCUAAUUCUAUGAAUUUACGAAGCGCAUCACAAAGACCUGCUAGUGAUAGUUCAGAUUAUGUGAAGACAUUUUUGAAGAGCGAGAAAUUUAUCGAAAGCGUUAAUAAAAAAGUAAAUAAUACAAAACAACAACGUAAGAAAAGAACAGAUGAUGAACAGCCAUAUGCAAAAACAAAUAAAAAAACAACAGCCAAAGAAGAAGAAUGUUUUAAAAAAUCACGACAAGUCAAGAGAAAUGAAAAAAAGGCAAUAAAAUACUUAGGAAACAAGACAAUAAAGCAAAAAAUAAAUGAUUUUAGUCAAAUAGAUGCUACUGAUAAAUGGUACUGUCACGCUUGUAACUCGAAGAAGAAAAACUCGAAGACUUGCAACAGUACCCAGGAUGCCAAAGAUGGUCCUACGAAGAAUGUGUAG